AAUACCACCACCCUGUUUCCUGAUCUAAUGGCCUAUAAUUACAUUAUUUUCAAUCCCAAAUGCAUUGAUCAUUCCCAAUUUAGAAACCCUUUUCUAUCACUAUUUUCAAUCCCAGAUGGAAACUACUUUUGCAGUUGGCGCCACCACCAAGCCGAUCACCACCGUCUCAUCAUCCACCGGAAGCCUCGGCGGCCACUUGGCUCGCCGUUUAGUUCAGAUUGGUGUGAAGGACGUCUUCUCCGUUCCCGGAGACUUCAACUUGACUUUACUUGACCACUUGAUCGCUGAGCCGGGUCUCAACCUCGUUGGCUGCUGCAACGAGCUAAACGCCGGGUACGCAGCCGAUGGAUACGCACGAGCUAAUGGAGUCGGUGCCUGUGUGGUGACGUUCACUGUGGGUGGACUGAGUGUGCUCAACGCCAUCGCCGGCGCGUACAGUGAGAAUUUGCCGGUGAUUUGUAUAGUGGGUGGACCAAAUUCGAAUGAUUAUGGGACUAAUCGGAUUCUCCACCAUACAAUUGGGUUGCCGGAUUUUUCACAGGAAUUGCAGUGCUUUCGAACCGUCACUUGUGCUCAGGCAGUAGUGAAUAACUUGGAAGAUGCACAUGAACUGAUCGAUACCGCGAUCUCAACUGCUUUGAAGGAAAGCAAACCCGUAUAUAUCAGUAUAGGUUGUAACCUACCUGCAAUUCCUCAUCCUACAUUCGCAAGAGAGCCCGUGCCUUUCUUUAUCCCACCAAUAUCCAGCAACCCAUUAGGACUAGAGGCAGCAGUGGAAGAAACAGCCAAGUUAUUAAACAAAGCUGUGAAACCAGUGAUUGUAGCUGGUUGCAAAUUGAGGGUUGCAAAGGCUCAGAAAGCCUUUGAGGAGUUUGCAGAUGCUUCAGGGUAUCCAGUAGCUAUAAUGCCAUCAGCCAAGGGACUAGUACCCGAGCACCACCCGAAUUUUAUCGGCACAUAUUGGGGUGCGGUCAGCACCAACUUUGUUGGGGAGAUAGUUGAAUCAGCUGAUGCGUAUAUCUUCGUGGGACCCAUCUUUAACGAUUACAGCUCGGUUGGUUACUCGUUGUUGAUCAAGAAAGAAAAAUCAAUCAUUGUGCAGCCUAAUCGUGUGACAAUUGGACACGGUCCUUCUUUGGGGUGGGUGUUUAUGGCAGAUUUCUUAAGUGCGUUGGCUAAGAAGCUAAAGAAGAACAGCACGGCGUUGGAGAACUAUCAACGGAUCUUCGUGCCUAAUGGCGUGCCCCUUAGAUACGAGAAAGAUGAACCUCUUAGGGUCAAUAUCCUCUUCAAACACAUUCAAGAAAUGUUGAGCGGAGAAACUGCGGUAAUCGCCGAGACCGGUGACUCAUGGUUCAAUUGUCAAAAGCUACGUCUCCCUGAGAAUUGCGGUUAUGAAUUCCAGAUGCAGUAUGGAUCGAUUGGAUGGUCCGUGGGUGCGACUCUUGGUUAUGCUCAGGCAGCCAAAGACAAGCGUGUGAUUGCUUGCAUUGGUGAUGGUAGUUUCCAAGUAACAGCGCAAGAUAUUUCAACGAUGAUUCGAUGUGGGCAAAAGACGAUUAUAUUCCUGAUCAAUAACGGGGGUUAUACGAUCGAGGUUGAAAUCCAUGACGGUCCUUACAACGUCAUCAAGAAUUGGGACUACACCGGUCUUGUUGACGCUAUCCACAACGGCCAAGGCAAAUGUUGGACUUGCAAGGUUCGAACCGAGGAGGAGCUGGUGGAAGCGAUCGCUACAGCAACAGGAGCACACAAAGAUUCACUAUGCUUUAUAGAAGUUUUCGUGCACAAAGACGACACUAGCAAAGAGCUACUGGAAUGGGGCUCACGAGUCUCUUCUGCUAAUAGCCGUCCUCCAAACCCACAAUAGUCGUAUGCUCAAUUUAGGCCUCGGUGUUGGGCCAAGUUUGAACUGGAUUUGACGGGUCUUUUUUGUAUGUAUAUUUGAUCUCAUCUACAUAAAAGUUCAAGCUCCAUUUGAGAGACUGAAUAACGCUAACGUAUCUAUGAAAGUUUGGUCAUUUAGAGCCCUAAUAUAUUUAUUAGGACUUUAUUUGAUUCAAUAAGCUCGACCGAAAAUAUUUUAUUUUAAUGUAUUGUAAGUUAAAUAAUAGACUACUGUUUGUUUAUGCACUACAUUUUAUUUUC